UUCAUUCCACGGGCAUCGAUCUCGAAUCUCAUAACACAAAAAAUGAGAAGAUUCUGAAGCCUUACAAAUUUGUUCUUUGUUAUGAUCAUACAGAUUUUAUGAUCAUAAACAUGGAUCAUCAUCAGCUAACUCUAUUGUUUUUGUUUUUAUCAACAUUUCACCUAUCUAUAUCAGGAGUAUCUUCAACAAAAUUCACAAUAGUUAACAACUGCAACUACACAGUAUGGCCGGCCAUUGUUUCACAUGGCGGUGGUUCUGAUCUUUACCCCACUGGUUUCAUUCUUCAUAAGGGUGAGUCUAGGACCAUCUCUGCGCCCACUUUGUGGAGUGGCAGCUUCUGGGGCCGAACACAAUGCUCGCAAAACUCCACUGGAUCCUUCAACUGCGUCACCGGUGAUUGUGGCUCGGGGAAGCUGGAAUGCGAAGGCAAGAACGGCACACAGCCUGUGACGACGGUAGAGUUCAGUUUAGGCCAAGCCGGAGAGCUUGAUACGUAUUAUGUGAGCUUAAAAGACGGAUACAACUUGCCUAUGAUGGUUAUUCCUCAAGUCAGAAACUGCAUGAGCACAGGAUGUCUGGAAGAUUUAAACAUUACGUGCCCUGUAGAGCUCAGGCGAGCGAAAGCAAUUAGUGGACAAGUGCUGGGAUGCGAUAAUGCUUGCAAGGUAAUUAAUCCACCACAGCACUGUUCUAUGUCAUCCCCUUACUCAAAGAUAUUCGAGAGUGCUUGCCCACAUGCUCAAAUUUAUGCGAAUAAUGACAAGGGAAGAACAUUGGCAUGUCUGGCAUCAACUUAUAGCAUCAGCUUUUGUCGUCCAUCCCCCGACCCAGACAAGAGAUAUCUGAUAUGGAUCAUUUUCGUUACUGUAAUUAUAGGAGCUAUCAUUAUUAAUGGCACUUUUGCAUACUUCUUCCGAAAAUGGAUAGCAAAACAGUCAGCGAGAAUAUGGACGACCAUAUGCUUCUUGUUAUUAAAAUGGCUUGGAGUGUAUGUAGAAAAGAAAAGUGACACUAUUGGAGAUUUUUCACAAGUUAAAUUCCCGGAGUUGAAUGUUUAUGAUUUCAAGAAGGUUGCAAUUGCAACAAACAACUUUCACUUGUCCAAUAAACUUGGACAAGGUGGUUUUGGUCCAGUGUAUAAGGGAACACUACAAGAUGGCCAAGACAUAGCAGUGAAAAGACUAUCUAGAGCAUCUGGACAGGGACGAGAAGAAUUUAUGAAUGAGAUGGUUGUCAUUUCCAAGCUUCAACAUCGUAAUCUUGUAAAACUUUUAGGUUGUUGUGUUGAUGGAGAAGAAAAGAUGUUGAUCUAUGAAUAUAUGCCAAAUAAAAGUUUGGAUGUAUUCAUCUUUGAUCCAUCAAAUCGUCAUCAGCUUGAUUGGGAGAAGCGUUUUCUCAUAAUUGAAGGACUAGCUCGUGGAAUACUUUACCUUCAUAGGGAUUCUAGACUAAAAAUUAUACAUAGGGAUCUAAAGGCAAGUAAUAUCUUGCUCAAUGAGAACCUAAUUCCAAAAAUAUCAGAUUUUGGUAUGGCUAGAAUUUUUAAAGAAAAUGAAGAUCAUGCUAAUACAAAAAGAGUUGUUGGAACCUACGGUUAUAUGUCUCCAGAAUAUGCAAUGGAAGGAUUAUUUUCAGAGAAAUUAGAUGUAUUUAGUUUUGGAGUAUUGCUUCUAGAGAUUAUUAGUGGAAGAAGAAACUCUAGCUUUUAUAACAGUGAGCAUUUGAGCCUUUUAGGACUUGCUUGGAAAUUAUGGAAUGAAAAGAACACUGCAUUGUUAAUUGAUCCUGAAAUAUCUAAUCCAAGCCUAGAGAAUGAUAUGUUGCGGUGCAUACAGAUUGGGCUUUUAUGUGUACAAGACCUUGCAAGUGAGAGGCCAAGCAUGAGCAUCGUAAUUUCUAUGCUGAAUAGUGAUAUUGUUAAUCUACUUCCUCCAAGGAAACCUGCAUUCAUCCAAUGGCAGAGUAAAGCGAAUGAUGUGCCUAUAGAAGAAAAUGAAAUAUUAUCCAACAAUGGACUCAGUGUUAGUGAGAUACAUGGCAGAUAGAUAGCUUCAUCACACAUCUAUCACUAAAAGUAUAGAGUUUCAAGGUUAUUCAUGAUUGUGUAUGAAGUAACUAGAACUGUAGUUCAAUAAAUAGUUUUUGUCUUUCACGAGUGUCCUCUAGGCUUUUGUUUUUUGAUUAUUGAUUUUGGAUAAGGAUUUGAUAUGAA